CGUCAACUGAUAAAGAACACUCCGUCAUUUCCUUACCCCCGAGUUUGUGUUUUUUAUUAUCCGCAACCCAACUAUAAAAAGGACCACCCGCAAAGGUGUCGGUCCUCUUGCCUUUAACGGCGAGUAGGUUGUAAACACCUAACCUGAAAAGGCCGCGUCAACUCUUAUGGUCAUGUCGUCGUCACCCACCCAAGCGCAAAGCUCUAGUCAGCACGUCAACUCGGCCUCUGAAACAACACCUUUACUCAACAAUGCACCUGACGCCAGCGAUGGGUCGACGGGAGACAUCCGUCCAUGGUAUCGCCGUCCUUCCCCCUUACAUGUGGUCCUCCCGCUGGUCGGGACUGUGUUUUCGUAUAGUGUCUCAUUAGUCCCUAUUCAGCAAUUCAUGUUGAUGUAUCUCUGUGGAAGAUAUCUGGCCGUAAAAGAAGGUCAAGCCGGAACCGCAGCACUUGGAUCUAUUUUAUCAAGCGACAGCAUCAACGACCUGCCGUCGUUUGCAAAGUGUAGAGAAAUCCCUGAUGUCCAAGCCUUGGCCGCAAAAUGGCAAAUGAUUUUGACACUGUCAACCAGCGUACCCGCAUUACUCGCUACGCCGCUGAUCGGAGCGCUGUCCGAUCGCGCAGGACGGAAACCAGUAUUCUUUCUCCCAAUACUCUCUGGACUCAUUGGAUCUUUGGCUAUCCUUGCCGUUGCCCAAUUUGAUUUUGGACUUUGGAUCCUCAUUUUGGUGCACUUGUUGCAAGGAUGUAUGGGAGGCGAUCUUGCCAUUGUCAUGAUUACCUUUGCCUACAUUGCAGACGUAACAACUGCGGAGACAAGAAGCAAGGUCUUUGUAACAAUUGAAGCGCUGACGUUCAUAUCCUUUACGAUUGGGCCGUAUUGUGGAGGUGUGCUCACUCGGGUGCUUCCCUCAGGAGUGAUCGGCGUUGUUUAUGUCACUAUCAUUGGGCAGCUUCUGACAGUGGUGUAUGUCACCCUCUGCCUCCCCGAGUCAUUGACACCUCCCAAGCGCUCUGUGACUGAUCCCGGGCUGUCGACACCAGCAGCCAAACCAUCAGUACUGGCCACGCUCAUCUCAUUUGGUCCGGUUGUGCGUGUUGUUAGCAAACCUCCUCGGAUAUAUCUUCUAUCGCUGGUAUUCAUCACAUCGACCUGCGUGGGCGGCAUUGCACUCUUCUUUUACUAUGCAUCCUAUCGGUUUGGCUGGGAUGCUUACGACGAGGGAGUUUUCAUGUUGUAUGCUUCUGGAACUCGGGUGUUUUGGAUGAUGGGUAUAGCAACCAUUCUUUACAAAGUGUUUGCCGGCGAACGACAUGGAGAGUCUGAAACAGAAACCAGCCUGCGAAAGGUGCGACUGGAUGUGCGUAUCGUGAGAAUUGGUAUGCUUGUGCUGGCAGGCGGCUGGAUUUUGUUAGGGCUUGCAUCGGCCUCAUGGAUGGUGUAUGCUGUGACAUUUUGGAAUGGAAUUGGCACACUUGCCAAGCCCACCAUUCGAUCCCUUCUAUCACGCUCUGUCCCUCCUGCGCUACAAGGUCGGCUCUUCUCUACUAUUCAGGUGACAGAUCAGGUUGCCACUAUCUUCUCCAACUUGGUUUUCCCACCAAUCUGGGCUGCCAGUGUCGGCGGUCCAUACCCAGGGCUAUUUCUGCAAAUCAUUGGUGGGCUGUUCUGUAUCGCCGCAUUUAUCGCGUGUGCCUUUAUCAAGGUUGGAGAUAUUGCAAAUGGUUUUCAUGGGAAUAUACCCGUUAGUGUAGAUGCGGAGAAGGGUACCGAAGAAGUGGUACUGGAUGCAGAAACAGAUGGAGGAGAACGGGAUGCAGAGAAUGCUGCUGCUUAACAACGCCGCUGGGCGUACGGAAAGUAACAUGUAUAUAAGAGGUUUGCUUCCAUUUUGCUGCUGGGUUUUGGAGUAUUAGGGAUAGGAUUUGCAAUUUGGGUUUCGGUUAUCCACUAUUCUUUGCUGGUGUUUUAAUUCAUCCUAUGUAGAUAUAUUAGUAAUGGGCUUAUACAUCGAAAAAUGCGAAAGAGUUUCAUCGUACAACGAGCUCCAAUGUGUAAUGCAAAUAUAAGCUUCUCCC